AUGCCUGGCGGACGACGUGGACUUGUUGCUCCACAGAACACAUUCCUUGAGAACAUAAUACGGCGCUCCAAUUCGCAGCCGGACAGCUCGUUUCUAUUGGCCAACGCACAAAUCGUCGAUUUUCCGAUCGUCUACUGCAAUGAGUCCUUCUGCAAGAUUAGCGGCUACAACCGAGCCGAGGUCAUGCAGAAGUCGUGCAGAUGCGGCUUCAUGUACGGCGAGUUGACAGACAAAGAGACGGUGGGACGGCUGGAGUAUACGCUCGAGAAUCAGCAGCAGGAUCAAUUCGAAAUAUUGCUCUACAAAAAGAACAAUAUACAAUGUGGCUGCGCCCUCUCGCAGUUUGGCAAGGCACAAACCCAAGAAACGCCGCUAUGGCUGCUGCUUCAGGUGGCGCCCAUACGCAACGAAAGGGAUUUGGUUGUGCUAUUCCUAUUGACGUUUCGGGAUAUAACGGCACUGAAACAGCCCAUCGACAGCGAGGAUACCAAAGGUGUUUUAGGUCUCUCCAAAUUCGCCAAACUGGCGCGAUCCGUCACACGCAGCCGCCAGUUCAGCGCCCAUUUGCCCACGCUCAAGGAUCCAACGAAGCAGUCGAAUCUGGCGCACAUGAUGUCACUGAGCGCGGAUAUUAUGCCACAGUACAGACAGGAAGCGCCAAAGACGCCCCCACACAUACUCUUGCAUUAUUGUGCAUUUAAAGCGAUUUGGGACUGGGUGAUAUUGUGUUUAACAUUUUAUACCGCCAUCAUGGUGCCAUAUAAUGUAGCGUUUAAAAAUAAAACCUCAGAGGAUGUUUCCCUGCUCGUUGUGGACUCAAUUGUUGACGUCAUCUUCUUCAUAGAUAUUGUGUUAAAUUUUCACACCACUUUUGUGGGGCCCGGCGGUGAGGUGGUCAGCGAUCCGAAGGUCAUACGAAUGAACUAUCUGAAGUCAUGGUUUAUCAUCGAUCUGCUUAGCUGUCUGCCCUACGAUGUUUUCAAUGCGUUCGAUCGCGACGAGGACGGUAUCGGUUCGCUCUUCAGCGCCCUCAAGGUUGUGCGUCUGUUGCGUUUGGGCCGUGUCGUACGCAAGCUGGACCGAUAUCUGGAGUAUGGUGCGGCCAUGCUGAUACUUUUGCUGUGCUUCUAUAUGCUGGUGGCCCAUUGGCUGGCCUGCAUCUGGUAUUCGAUUGGGCGCAGCGAUGCCGAUAAUGGGAUCCAAUAUAGCUGGCUGUGGAAGCUGGCGAAUGUGACCCAAUCGCCGUAUUCCUAUAUAUGGAGCAAUGAUACGGGCCCCGAGCUCGUCAAUGGCCCAUCCAGAAAGAGCAUGUAUGUGACGGCCCUUUACUUUACCAUGACCUGCAUGACAUCGGUGGGCUUCGGCAAUGUCGCAGCGGAGACAGACAACGAGAAGGUGUUCACCAUCUGCAUGAUGAUCAUUGCAGCUCUGCUUUAUGCGACGAUCUUUGGUCACGUGACGACCAUCAUUCAGCAAAUGACCUCGGCCACCGCCAAGUACCACGACAUGCUCAACAAUGUGCGGGAGUUCAUGAAGCUGCACGAGGUACCGAAGGCGCUUAGCGAGCGCGUUAUGGACUAUGUCGUCUCUACGUGGGCCAUGACCAAAGGUCUCGAUACCGAAAAGGUACUAAACUAUUGUCCGAAAGAUAUGAAGGCUGACAUAUGUGUUCAUCUAAAUCGCAAAGUAUUUAACGAGCAUCCAGCAUUUCGUCUGGCCUCGGAUGGUUGUCUGCGCGCAUUAGCGAUGCACUUCAUGAUGUCACACUCGGCGCCGGGGGAUCUGCUCUAUCAUACCGGCGAGAGUAUCGAUAGUCUCUGUUUUAUUGUGACUGGCAGUCUGGAGGUUAUACAGGACGACGAGGUUGUGGCAAUAUUGGGCAAAGGCGACGUCUUCGGCGAUCAAUUCUGGAAGGACUCGGCCGUUGGCCAGAGUGCCGCCAAUGUGCGUGCACUGACCUAUUGUGAUUUGCAUGCCAUCAAACGUGAUAAAUUGCUCGAAGUCCUCGAUUUCUAUUCGGCAUUUGCGAAUAGCUUUGCACGCAAUCUGGUGCUCACCUACAAUCUCAGACAUCGACUGAUUUUUCGCAAGGUGGCCGAUGUGAAGCGCGAAAAAGAAUUGGCCGAACGGCGUAAGAAUGAACCGCAAUUGCCCCAGAAUCAGGAUCAUCUUGUACGCAAAAUCUUCUCCAAAUUCCGGCGUACACCCCAGGUCCAGGCGGGCAGCAAGGAGCACGUUGGCUCCGGCCAAAGCGAUAUCGAGAAAGGCGAUGGCGAGGUCGAACGCACCAAGCUACCCGCUAAACUAACAUUAACCGAGGACUCACGCAUCCUAACAACCGCCGCCGUACCCUCACCAUCGCCAUCACCCUCGCCCUCAUCGGGUCCACCAUCUGCACGUAGUACCCGUGCCAGCAAAUGGGGACGCCUUCUGGGCAGUUCAAGUGUCGAUUCAGCUAGCGAUACUAGCGCCAAGGUAGCCGUCUCGAGAAGUUUGAGCGCCCGCGAAAGUCUGCGUGAGAGCACUGCCCAAGCGCGGCAGAGUAGUACUUCGAGUAGCAAUGGUGGACAAGGCAAUAAAGUAUUCCCCAAGGCGCCCAAGCUGCAGGCCAGCCAGGCGACGCUGGCGCGCCAGGACACCAUCGACGAGGGCGGCGAGGUUGACUCGUCGCCGCCCAGCCGUGACAGCCGGGUGGUCAUCGAUGGCGGCGCCGCAACAACUGUUGCCACAGUGCCCGCAGCCACGCUGGCGCCUGGCGCAACGGCCAGUGCGACCGGCGUGGCAGCUGGUGCAGCAGCAACGGCAGCGAGUGGCGUCGGCAAGGAGCGCAAUCUGGCGCUGGAGCGGGAGCGCCAGAUCGAGAUGGCCAGCUCGCGUGCAACCACAUCGGACACAUACGAUACGGGGCUGCGCGAGACGCCGCCCACGCUGGCGCAGCGCGAUCUGAUUGCCACCGUGCUGGACAUGAAGGUGGAUGUGCGGCUCGAGCUGCAGCGCAUGCAGCAGCGCAUCGGCCGCAUCGAGGAUCUGUUGGGUGAGCUGGUCAAGCGUGUGGCACCGCAAAUGGACAGCAGCGGCCAGACAACGCCCGGUGACGAGAUCUGUGCGGGCUGCGGCGCUGGCGGCGUCCCAGCAGCCUCAACAACAACGGCCACGGCAACGGGCACACCGACAACGUCAACAGCAACAGCAACGGGAGCGGGAACGGGAACGGGAGCGGCCAGCACGCCGGUGGACACUGUGAUAACGAUCUCAUCGCCGACAGCUGGCGGCGGCACGGCCAUAACAACAGCGAGCGCUGGCGCUGGCAGCGGUCUACUAAAUCCAAGCGUCCAAGUUGUGUCGAGCACGGGAGGCAACGGCCUGGGGCCGCUGAUGCUCAAAAAGCGACGCUCGAAGAGCAGGAAAGCACCGGCGCCUCCUAAGCAGACACACGCCGCAACGGCCGCAACGCUAACGGCUGCUGUUGGAUCUGUCACUGGAUCUGGUACGACGAGCGUGACAGCGUCAGCGUCUGCCACUGCAACUGCAACUGGAACUGGAACAGCAGCAGCAGCAGUCACGACUACAGCUGCCGCUGUCGAGCUGCUGCAUCUGCGUCUGCUCGAGGAGGACUUCAGUGCCGCCCAGCUGAUGCCGGCCAGUCGGGCUGGCACGCCCACAACAACAGGCGGCACACCGCCGGCCGGC